GUUCAGUCUGACUUGGCAUCGCAAAUAGCUUCAGAGGUUCAACCAGAAAACUAUGUCUUCAAGAACAAAGGAAAUGAGCAACAGUUUAACUUCAACCGAAAGGUGAUCAGGACCAGUACUGCGGUGGUCAAGGCUUUGGAGAGUGGAAACAUUGGCAAAGCGAAGGAGGAGCUGAAUGAAGGUAUUUCCUUACUUACUAACCGACAGAAAAUUAUUAAAUUAGCGGACAAAUCUGAAUUUGGUUGGGCCACUGUUCAAGAACACGUCUGUGACGACUUGGUCGAUGAUGAAGCUGACGUCUCCAAAAUCACAAAGGCUGAGAAAAGAGCGGCAGCUAAGUUCAAAUCCUUCCAAGAGAAGAAGAGAAGUACCAACGCCAAAUUUUCGACUUCUGCGCCUUCGCCAAGCAAUGCUUCCAGGUUUAAAGUCUGUCGCGUUUCUUCUUUCCUCCUUAUGCUAGUUAUUUUCAUCCCCAAGGUCGAUACUUGGGAAACAUUUUCAGAGGCUCCGAUUUGUGUU